CGACGCUGAAUGAAACCUCCUGAAGGGAGCAUCUCCCGCGAUCUCCCCUGGGAUCGUGGCGCAGCCCGUCAAAUGUCAUUUCCUAGUGCAGAUCGCGCUCACAACUGGAAGAGGCGCUCCCAAUGUUGACGUCAUGGGUCCAGCCAGACCUCUACGAUGCCCUGCUUCUCUAGGAUGGAUGCAUGUCGAUCUAGAUUCACACUCGGAGCUUAAAUCAAACUUAAACCCCCUCCCUGGACCCUGAUUUUACCCUGCAAAAUAGUUUCUACCUACUACUCUAGUAGUCAUCUUUGUCCCUCUCUUGCAUUACAACUGGACGGGCUCAUUUCCGAAAUAACGCGAACCCCGCCUUCAACCAACCAAAUAUCGCUAGCCGCGUCGGUCGAGCUCCAUAACAACACCGUUCCUCUAUAUACGUGCGAAGACACGUUCCACAACCUCACCUUAAUUACUGAGUAUCGUUACACACCUACAAUAUGUCUGCGCCUACCUCUGCUACGAGUGAGAUGCCCACGCGCAGUCUCACAAACCGAUCUGCCGACGAAGAUGCCAUUCCAGGAGAGGAUACCUCAGAGGUCACGAAGCUCUUUGCAGAGCGAUUGCAAGCUUGGAAACACGCCGUUGCGUACCUCGAAGACUACGUUACCGCAACAGAGAAGACGAACCACGCACACGGCAAGGAGUAUGAGCGAGUCUUGAAGACGGUCAAGGAUCCCCUGAAAGAGGGCCACCACUUCGACCAGUCGCUCGGCGGUGUUGCGGGCAUGUUCGAGAACAUCAGGUCCAACACCCAGGGUAUCUCCAACCAACACUACGAGACUGCGAAGCAGCUGAAAGGCGCCGUUCUCCCCAUCUUCGACCGCCUGCACACCGAGAUCAAGAACAAGAGCAAGGAGCUCACAAAGGGAGCCGGCAAGGGCAGUAAGGCUGUCGACAAGGCUCGCCAGCACACCCAGAAGCACAUUGAGCUUCUUGGUCAGCACACCGCAGUCUUCGACUCCCACAGCGGCAACAUGAAGGCUACCGACGACCCCUACAUUCUCCAACGCGGAGUUAACCACCGUCUGCACAAGCAAGUGCAGGAGGAGAACAACAACCGCCAGGACCUGAUUAGUGUGCAGAACUCGUUCGCGCAAUUCGAAGCCCACAUCAUCCAAACAAUCCAGCAUGGAAUGGGCCAGUUCCUGCAGGUCGUCAACACCCAAGCCGAGCACACCAAGGCUGCAUACUCCGACAUGGUCGGCACAUCCCAGCGCAUCCCUCUCGACUUCGAGUGGAACGGCUUUAUCCAGCGCAACAACACCGUCCUGAUCGACCCUUCAGCUCCGGCCCGCAAUGUCUCUGACAUUAGCUUCCCCAACCAAAACCACCGCUCCACCCAGCCACUCAUAUCUGGCUCUCUCGAAAAGAAGGGCAAGAUCAUGCGCUCCUACGACACAAACUACUAUGUCGUUACUCCCUCCAAGUUCCUUCACGAGUUCAAGACAGACGACGACUUCGCUAAGGACCCAGUCCCCGAACUGUCUCUCUACAUCCCCGACUGCGUCAUCGGUGCUGUCAACGGUCAGAAGUUCAACGUCAAGGGCAAGGACGUGUCCAAGGGCAAGAUUGGUGGUGCUUUCUCCAUGACACACGAGUUCGCAUUCAAGGCACACACUCCACAAGCUGCAGAACAAUGGUGGGACGUUAUCCGCCAGGCAGCCGGUAAGGUGACCAACGAGGCACCGUCCAGCGUACCUACCAGCCCCGUCUCCGGAGAUACCAGCCCUCAGAAUAUGUUCCCUGAAGAGAAGACGCAACCCGCUCCUAUCCAAACCCAGGGUCUAGAGAAGACUGGUACUAACGUCACCGACCACGCUAGUGCGCCAGGCUCCGCUGUGCCAGGAAGUGCGACUACGGCGCCCUCUAGUGCUGUCCCAGGCGAGCCAGGAAAAUACUAGUGGAACAGUCUCAUGAUUGCUACUUGUACAUCUGAGGAAGAGGAGGUCGAAAUGGAGGAAGUUGCAUAUUGAGUAUCGCGGCUUGUUGAACAUAUACACAUACCCCUUUGCUGUUGAAUAGUACUAAUACAUUCUAAUGC